UGGAACUUCAGAUUAUAGAUGUUAAUCAAAUAUGAAGUACCAAAAGGGAAUAUAACAUGUUCUGCAAAACUACAGAAGUCAAAUAUACUAUAUAGUAAAACAGCAGUGUGCAGAAGAUGGGACCAUACAUAGUUAACCAAAAAAUAUUAAAAGUAUUAGGCCUUACUCAGAUUUCUAAAAUCAGGGUCCAAUUGAAUUAUGGCCAUAAUUACCUUGAUUUCUUUCUUUGGUCCAUAAUCACCUUAUUACUUUUACCCUCUUGGUUUUCUUCAUUUGGCCAAAGGGCAUGCACUGAUUUACUUAUAUAUCAACUUCCUUUGUUCUUUCAAGUGUUACUCCUCAGCAUCAACAAUGAAUCAUGGCAGACAAAGCUCAAAGAUUCAUCUGGCUAUUGUGAUGUUCUUGAGGACCUUUCUUAUGCCAAGUCAGACACAGAUUCAUGCAAUGAGGCAUGUGGUGAUGAAUCAGAUGAAGAAGUGAGUUUGGAGGAGUUGCUGCAAGAUGGAAAAACAAAGGAGAAAGUUGAAGUAUUGGCUGCAAUGGUUGGACUUGAAACUACUGAUCCAGCAACUGUGCUGAAUGAAGUAGUGAGAGUUCUUAAGGUUUUGAACAAGAUAAAUCAGUAUCAGUUAAGUGCUUAAAUGAGGUUAAGAAUUUCAGUUCUUCUCAUAUGAUGGCCUCAACCAUUUUUUUACUUGUUGAAAUGUGACUUGUGCACUAUUUCUCAUGUCUUUGAAUCUAACACUUAUAAAAUAUUGAGCUUCAUAAUUUUUCAGUUGGUUAUUUCAGCUUUGUAUCUCUCCUUUUCUCAGAAAGUUAACACAAAAAUUUCAUCAUGAACAGUUAAGAAUUUGUGUGAAUAAUUACUUUAAUAAUCCCAACAAGAUCUUCAUGCGAAAAAAUGUUCUGGAUCACAACGAGAAAUAUAUACUGAAAGACAAUAUUAAUAGUUUUGACUUUUUCAUUCUUUAUCAUGCACCAAUAUUUCCAA